AUGCGACGUUGCCGCUUGCAGGAGUGGCACCACAACGCUACCGGUACUGGUGGCGCGAGCCAGGCGCACCGGGGCCCCCAUCGAAUGCCUCGGCACGACUACCUCACGGACUUCGGCACACAUCAUGUGGCCAUGGUGGACGAGUUGUCUCGCUGCGUGGCGUCUGUCAGCAACAAAAGUUUUGAGUGCUUCUCAACUUCCGUUUCCGGAACUCCGCUGAACUCGUUGACGACGAGCUGUAGCGCCGUCCACGUGAACCACCCAAGUGCUUACUGCGAUUUGCAGACUCCGCUGUGCCUCUCUGAAGGAUCUCUGACCCGUGCCUCAGUUAUCGACCUUGGUGGGCGGCCCUCGCGCUCUUUCCUGCAGGGUAUCUCGCCUUGCCCCGCAACGCCUUGUAACAAAGCGCGUCGGUUUCAGAGCUACUCACUACAUCCCUGCAAUUGUGGCUAUGCUCACCGUGCAAAGUUGGUGCUCUUCGCGGUCCAGGCUGACAUCCUGCUUUCUUGCUCCACGAAGGACCGCCACAUGACUGCGUACCACAUCUCCCUCGGCGUGGAGGUGGGCCGGCUGGUGGGCCACGAUGAUCUGAUUCUUGGCGGAGCAGUGAACCUGGACGACACGCUGGUGGCCACUACGUCGCGCGACUGCACCGCCAUCUUGUGGGAUCUGCCGUUGUGUAAGCAGCGUCGCUCUCUGACUCACCCGCAGCUCGUGCACACCUGCCGCUUUUCUUCAUCAGGUACCGAGCUAGCCACGGCGUGUGCAGAUGGGCUGUGCCGAAUCUGGACUUGGUCCUCCUCCGCCAUAGUCAACAUACUUGUGCCUUCCGACACCGGCUUCAACGACGCUCUCAGUUCUCUUGCCUACUCCCUCGGUGACAAGGUACUUCUGGCUGGGGGCUCGGGGCGCAACGUGUACGUGUGGGAUUGCGAGAGCUUCAGUGCACCGGGUGCUGCUUUCCAGCAGCACCGAAGUGCCGUGCUGACUGUCGACGCCUCCCGCACUCAUCAGGACAUCGUAAUGACGGCGGAGGAGGCAACACUGCUCGUGUGGAACUGCGCGACGCUGGGGGUGCUACAGCGAAUCGACAUCAGCUUCUGCUACGCUCAGUCGCCCUGGCCACGGGGCGGGACCCUGACAGCAUCAGAGGUGUCUAUGAAGCGGAUCACCUUUCCGCAUGAGUUGUACUGGACUGCAGCGCGACUGAUGGACUCGCGCUUUGGUCUCGUGUUGGUGGCGGCUACCAGCGACAAGUGCCUUUACCUCUUCGACCUCGUCGCUACACACACAAGACGUUCCGCCGACGACAUCCAGACCCAACCCACUGGCGCCGUGCUACAAGUGCAGCCAAACGCUGUAUCAGAGAUGCUGUCGCUCUCUCUUCGAUCCUCCGUAAGCAGCAUCGACAGCGGAUCGCCAAGCCGCGUUGUGUUCGGUGACACCUGCGGCAAUCGAUACAUUUUGGAUUUGAGUUGA